AUGGACGAGCAGGUGUACCACAAGGCGACGCGGGCUGCGGUGACAGCCAUUGCGAAGAAGGCGGGCUUCAAACAUGCCGAGCAGAACGCCACAGAGCAACUGGCAUCAGUUGCCCAGGCCUUUAUCCGACAAAUGGCCAUCAACGCCCUCGGAAACGCCAACGAAGAGGGGAGACAUGAAAUCAACGCGGACGAUGUCGAUGCGGCCAUGGAGAGUGUCAACGUUAAUCCAACCAGCCUUAAUUGGUUCCUCCUCGAAGUUCGAAGAACUAAAACAGGGAAGGAGGCGCUCAGGAACUUCCCGCAACCCAAUGAGCGCGUCUUCCUGCACAUGCCAAAACCUAAUCCCCACACAAGAAUAACAACACCUCCGUCUGCUUUAGUCUCGACAACACCAACUCCCCAACUCCGCAACACACCACCACCAGCCCACCUGCCGCCGCUCCCACACACAACAGACAGCGCAAAGUCCUCCAAAUCGCCCGAACCCUCAGCAGCGGGUGAGGAAUCAGACAAAGAAAAGACGGCAACAGCAGAGGCAGACAAAACAGCAGCAGCAGUGCAGCGUGCAUCCCCGCCACCAUCAGCAGCAACACAGAUGGACGUGAGGGAGGAGCACAGAAUACCAACAGCAGAGGCAACAGAGGGCGGGAAGCGCCAACCACAGCAUGCAGCAGCAGCAGUGACGGCGGGAGGAGGAAGAGGAGGAGGAGGAGGAGGAGGAGGAGGAGGAGAACAAGAAGGAGAAGGAGAAGAAGAAGAAGCAACAACACGACCGGCCGCACAUGAAGCGCAGGAGCCGGCGGCUGCAACCACCGCAGCCACCACCACAAGUACAACAGCCACAACGAAGCCGUCUGACGAAUUUGAUGACUUCUUUCGGUCGCUCGAAGACGAGGGCGUCAAGAUUGAGGACGGCGUUGCGCUGCCGCCGACAAUCGAAGACAACCCGGCGUACGAUGCACCUGCCGAGUUUGUACCCGUCCCGCUCUCGCCGCCACGCCCCACACGCGCCACGGAGCCCGCGCCGCACCACAAGCCGUCCAAGACGAAGACGAGCAAACCUGGCCGCUCCUCAACGCGCGCAAGCAAAACCGCCACCCCGACGCCUGCAGACAAGAGCCGCACAAAGUCGCCAGCCGCUGUGCCGCCAGCAUCAACCAGCCAAAGCAAAGGCAAAGACAGGGGUGCGGCCAGCGCCACAGCAGCCACAACAGCAUCGAAAACAGCAUCGAAAGCAGCCACCCCCACGGCCAAACCUGUCAAGGCUGCGGAGUCGCGAGCUCCGCUCAAGAUGAAGCUUGCUGCCGCACCGUCACCGUCAUCGCAGCCAAAGGCGUCUCCAGCAGCGCGGAGGGCGUCAGGCGACGGGGAGCGACCAACGAAGCGAGCAAAGACAGCAUCCCCUGCCGCGCUGUCACAUGCAGCCGCCAGCACCGCACCAGCACCGUCAUCGUCGUCGACCUCGGCGUCUGCCCCCGGAGCGGCGUCCGAAUCACCGCCGCGGGCACGUGCGAGCCCCGCCACGCCAGCAGCAGGCAGUGGUGUUGCGCGGCCAACAGCCAAAUUGCCGCAGCAGCGACCAUCCGCAGCGUCGCCAGCCCGCACAAAGGAGGAGGCAGUGACACCCGCUGUGCCUUUGUCUGCCCCUGCGAAGACAAAGGAGACAAAGACAACAGCAACGGCAGCAGCAGCGGCGCCGCAGAAGCUCAAGCUGAGCAUCAAAUUUGGCGGGAAGGCCGUGGGUGGGGAGAAGCCAGCAGCAAGCGUGACUGAAGCGAAGAAGCAAGAGAGGAAGGACAAGGCGAAGGAGGCGAAGGAUGCCACGAAGGUCAAGGAGGAGAAGAAGGUGGAGAAAGGAAAGAAGAGGGAGGGGUCGGCGUUGCCAAUGCUGACACCAGCUCAGCCCACCCUCACCCCGCAACCCGUAGUACCAGCGUCGUCAUCAGCAGCAGCCAAAGAGAAGUCGAAGAAAAAGGCGCCUGCUCCCAAGCCGUCGCCGUCGCCAAAGCCAAAGCCACAUGUCAAGGCGUCUGCUUUGGUCCCUGAUCGCAGCAGCAAGAGCCGGCGCGAGAGCAAGCAGGGAGUGGCGCACGGAAAGGCCGUGGCGUCGCCAGCAAAGCGAAGCAAGACAGCAGACGCAGCUGCACCCCGCGCAUCGGAGGGCAAGCAGAGGAAGGCGGCACGAGACCGAGGCAGCACAAGGGGGAGCACAAGCGCAUCUGCAGGGUCCACGCCCAAGGCGCCCCGCCACGCGCACGCACGCUCCGUCUUCGCUGAGCUGAACAAGAAGCUGAAGCCAAUGUCGCCCCAGAUGAUUGUGAACGAGGGUGCCCGCCUGCUGUACGAGCGCGAGCAGCAGCCGUCGCUGCCGGGGACGGGGCCGCCGUACUGCAGCGACGCGUGCAAGCUUGGCGAGGCCGCUCGCUACUCCGAAGCAGGAAACUACAUUGCGUGCUCCUUGUGCGAUAAGUGGUACCACACAGACUGCAGCGUUGGCGUGUUCUUUGCCAAUAUGCCGGCGUUUUUCUGCGACAAAUGUGAUGCACAAAUACCGAUUGACUACGAGUGGCUGCGCAUUGCCAUGACCAAGAUGAAGGAGAGGAAGGUGAAGCAUGAAAGCACGAGGCAGGUGUCUCUGCUGGAAGUGUUUGGACCACCGGUCGUGUCGCUGCUGGCCCCAGAUGCCCGCGUCGCGUAUCUACAAUUAAUCAAGGAACCCAUGGGUGUGUACGCUGACUUUGAGACGAUUGACAAGAAGCUGCGGGGCCGCAAGUACACGCGUUGGAGCCCAUUUCUGCUGGAUGUCGCUCGCAUCUCGAUCAACUGCCGCGUCUUUAACCGCGACAACAAGGAAUACACGUUCUACGCGGAUGCCCUUGGGAUCAUGGUGGAGAGUUUGGUCGAAGUGUCUGUUCCAUUCUUCAGGCGUCUGCUCAGGUGA